UUCCAGCGCACUUGGGGGCGGGGCCCGGCCAGCUAGAUCCGGGAGCGGAAAGCUGGGACCCGCCGGGCCGAAGGAAGGGUGAGGGACGGUCGCUGGUCCUGCCAGAUAAUGCUGAGCGGAGCAUGCCGCAGGCUCGCCUUGGCCCAGCUGGGCACACGCGCACAGACGUCUGCGGUCGCCCAUAGGUGCUUGCAUGCGUCGGGGUCGCGGCCCUCGGCAGACCGGAGGGAAAAGGCAGGGGAGCCGCCCUGCGGCUUCGACCCGGCGCUGCUGGAGUUCCUGGUGUGCCCGCUCUCCAAGAAGCCGCUCAGAUAUGAAGCAUCAACGAAUGAAUUGAUAAAUGAAGAGCUAGGAAUAGCCUAUCCAAUCAUUGAUGGAAUUCCUACUAUGAUACCACAGGCAGCUAGGAUGACACAUCAAACUAAGAAGCAAGAAGAAAUGGAACAACACUAGGUUCUAAUUUUUUAAAAAGCCACCACAACAACUAAAUUUUCUUAGUACCGUAUACCUUUUAAAGCAGAGUGGAGGGUAAUAAGUGGAGGAGAAGAAUGUUUCUGUCUCUUCCUACAUUAACUGUUCUUAUUCCACUGGUCUCUUUAGCAGGACUGUUCUACUCAGCCUCUGUGGAAGAAAACUUCCCCCACGGCUGCACUAGCACAACCAGUCUUUGCUUUUACAGUCUGCUCCUGCCCAUCACCAUACCAGUGUAUGUGUUCUUCCAUCUUUGGACUUGGAUGGGUAUUAAACUCUUCCGGCAUAAUUGAUGGAACCACAGCCAAGAUGGUAUCUAUAUAUUGAUAUGUCUUGGGUGUCUAUCUUUGAAAGUUCAACUGAGUGGAAAAACUGGAGACCCAUUUAAUUUUCGGGACAGAUGGUUUUGCCUUGCUUAUGUCAAGCUUAGGACGAUGGGAGGCUUAAGCUGCACAAGCUUCUUUUAUUAUACCCUUGCUCUGCCUUUCUUUUCUGAAGGUUCUGACUUAAUAAUUGCUGUAGCAGAAGAAACACGUUGGCAGUAUCUUGUUGGACAUUAACACAUCUGAUGACUAAUUCUUAUUCAUCUAUUUAGUCAUUUGAAAUUUUGUUUGAAUAGCUUAAAGGUAUUAGGUAAAGUCACCAGUAGAGAACACUGAAAUAAUUCCAAAGGAGCUAUGUUGGAAUGGUUAUAGAGAAAUGCAUUUGCACUAUUGUGUUAUAAAACCAUAAAAUAAAAUGGAAAUUUCAUGUACUUAGAAAAAUUCUGAGUUUGUAAAAUUUCCUUCAUUUCUUUGGCAUCCGAUGCUUACAUUAAUAAAAAAGUAAGAUGUUGACACUUUUCCAUAAAAAAUAAACUAGUUUGCAGUAGG